CUUGCGUUUUCAUUCCAUCCAGGCUCCAGCAGUGACAGACGCGUAGAUCCUGAAAUGUGUAAUAUCAUCCACGGUUUGUUGUCAUUAGCGUCCCGAUUAUUCAAAUUCCUUUAGCUAAACAUACUCAACGCGACUUAACGAUGAUCAUCGUUCCCAUUACUACGUAAUUGGUCUUUUCGUCACUGCACUGGCGAAAAAUACUCCACAUUUCGUUAAACAGCCGGUUGUGUUGAUCUGCUUCCGAAAUUAAUCCUGCCUUCCAGCCAUGGCUGCUGCCAAGCCGAUCGUCAUAGUGCCUCAUAAUCCCACGGAUGAACUCUACCCUGAGGAAGAGGAGAUGCCCCAUCCCUACACAUCGCGGCCCAUCGGCGAAGUGCAGCCGAAGAAAGUCGUCGAGGCCGAUUACGAUUCAGGGCGCGCCUGGCUGGUCCUUGCGGCCGGUUUCCUCACUAAUGUUCUUGUCUUCGGAGUCGAGUUGAAUUUCAAUGUUUUCAUGAGGCCGCUGCUAGAAGAAUUCCCGGCCCAUGAUGCCAGUGAUGUGGCGUGGAUUGGAGCCAUUUCCUAUGGAGUGAUGUUUUUAAUCGGUCCCUUGGCCAGUUUACUCAUAUCGCGAGUUGGCACGAUGUACGCAGUGAUAAUUUCCGGCGUGUUAUCCUGCCUCGGUUUUCUCUCAUCACGGUUUGCCACCGAUGUGUAUUAUCUUUACAUCAGCUAUGGAUUGCUUGUUGGUUCCGGAAUGGGAAUCGCUUUCCUCUCUAGCUUCGCCAUUCUGGGCGACUACUUCAAGCAGUACAUUCGACUGGCAUCCAUUGUCGUCGCCGUGGGCGGUGGAGUGGGGCUGUUCUUGUUCACAAAGCUGUUCCAGCAUUUUGUUGAAGAUUAUCUUGGCUGGCGGGAUGCCAUGUUGAUAACCGCCGGCAUCUGCUUGAAUCUCAUCCUCUUGGGCAUCUGUAUGCGCCCGCGUCCCCGUGAUCCUUCCGUCCGACUGCCGACACUCACCGAGCUGAUGGCCACCCAUGUCCUGAAAUCCAGCAAAUAUUUGCUCUUUCUCAGCCAUGUAGUCCUGUGGAAUGUCGGUUUAGUGAUUGUCUUUAUCCUGCUGCAAAAGUAUUUAUCGGAGUACAAGUUCCUGGAUGAUGAUCAGGCCAAUUUUGUGGUGAUGAUGCUGGGCAUCGCCAAUACCGUCGGCCGGGUGGCAUCCAUUCCGGUGGAACGCGUGGCCAGUCCCAUGAAAGUGUACGUCAUCAUGUCCAUCCUCAUGGGAGUGUUCGAGAUGCUGCUCCCGUCGGGAUGGGAUGUGGCCGGGUUGGCCACUAUUAGUUCCUUGCUGGGCCUGAGUUUCGGGAUUAUGAUUUGCUAUUUUGUUGCCGUUGUGGGUGAGCUGGUCGGCUUCGAGAAUCUGACGCCAGCCUUGGGAUACUCGAAUUUUGCACAGGGCAUUGGUGGGCUCAUCGGGCCACCUACUCUAGCGAAAUUGGCGGACGGGUCGAAAUUUAUCGUGGGUGGAGCGAUUACGGUGAUCUCGGGACUGCUUGUGCUCUUGGCCAUCGUCAAGCACUGGCGGGAUACGGUAGCGUCACGCCGGACGGGAGCGCUGUCCGUCGAAAAUGGACUAUAUAAUCGGCAUUCAGAGUUCGACCGAGCCGACACCGCCAUGACCUAAGGAUUAAGCUGCACAACGGUUUUUUACUUUGAUGGCAACGGUGUGUUUCUUACCUGUGAAUACGGACUGGUGGAGAAAGUCCAUAUUUUACUACUCGUCUGCAGAAUUUCAGAGCAAAUGUAUUUGUUUUUAUAUGUCUUAUGUUUUCUAAAUAUUGUACAUCUGUUUGAACGGAAAUAGUUGUCUUCGCAGCUUUCCGGUUAUUGUAACGUAAGCUGACUUUAAUUUGUUACGUGAGAAGAAAACUGAAGCUGGGUUUUGUGUGUGUAUAAAGCUGUCAUAAAAACGAAUGACAAA